AAGUUAUGAAAUAAUUGUGUAGUUAUGGCUAAUGCUUCACAUGUACAGUUUACUAACAAGUACGGACAAGUUCAUAUAACUUUGGAGUCACUCCUUGAUUCCACAGGUCUCAUACCACAUUCGUCUCUGCAUGAAUCAGUCAAUAGUUCACUAACAGAUAUGAAUUCUGUUCCUAUUAUGAAAUGUCCCAUACCUCUCAAUUACUGUUCAAACCAAAAUUUGUAUGCUUCGGAACAAAUGUCAACUGAAUUAAGUGAAAGUUCUUGUGUCACUGAAUCUCAGAGGCAGGCAUUAUUACUAGAUGUUUGCUUCGAACUUCUUAACCUUCUCAAGGAACAAGAUGUCAAUGGCUAUUUUCUUUAUCCACUACCACACCUCAAACCUUCAUGUCCAUUUGGAUUACUGGACAUAGAAAAGCAACUUUUCCAGAAAUAUUACAAAAGCUUGUCUGAGUUUCAAAAAGAUGUUUCUGGACUACUCAAUAGCGCUCUUCAAUAUUAUCAAAUUGAAUCAAUGGCUCAUAAUGAAGCUCAACGUUUGCUAAAUCUAACCAUUGAUUGGUUUAGUUCAUUGAAUGUAAAUUAUGUCGCUAUUUUAAAUCGUCCACCAGACGGUGGAGUAACAGUUGAUAGAAACUCGCAAGUCAAAACAUCGGAUAAUAAUGACAUUAUAUCUAAGGAGACCUAUUUAAACAUUUUAAAUCCAGAUAAUAAUGGUAUUAUCAGUAAAACAGAACGAGUUCAAAGUAUUGGGGACGAGGCAGGUCACUUGUAUUCAGGUUUGUAUUUACUUCCUAAUGGUGGCUACCGAGAAGAUCGACGCAAUAAAAUUAUACCGUACACAUACUUAGACUAUGGCUCUUAUUACUCAUUUGCCCCAGUUUACGACAGUGGGGCUUCUCAUUGCACUCCAGAGUCAAACCAAUUGUUAUUGGGAACCACAUGGCUACCGGCACGUACUCCAUUUGUACUUGGCAGCUGUUCGUCGAAUAGUUUUGAUUCAUAUAGUUGUGCAAAUGAUUUCGAGAUCACAGAUGAAAUAAUAUCAACUGUCUUGGAAAUGGGGGAUCAACAGUUAGCUGUCUCUCUUGCGGUUGCAGAAAGUGAACAACGUGCGAUAGCCCAAUUAUCAUCUGAAUUAGAAGAUAUCAUUCCUGGUCCUGAUGUACCUGAUGAAUUUGUAUUUAGUAUGUGUUUAGCUAAUGCAUUUACACGUGACCUUAUUAAAAAGGAAGAGAAAUUGUCUGCUUUCGAUACCUUAGAUUUGUGUUCAGAAGUUAAUUCUGAUGAAAGAAGUAUCACAUCUACAGAUGUCAACAACUCUCCUGCUGCAUGUGACUUAGAUUCGGUUACUCAUCAUAACUCCAUCGAUUCAAGUGUACGUUCGCAGUCUGAAGAACAAAGUUAGUUACAUUUUUAAUUUUCAUAAAGUCGAUUAUUUCAAGGAGUUGCUUGUGAACUGAUAUAUUGGUGUCAUCACCCUUAGCCUCCCUAUAACCCACUCCUACGCCAGUAGUCGUUGUGCAUUUAGUCGGUGGCUAGUCUCACGUAACAUGUAUCCCAACCACUCAGAUCCAUAAAUGUUUGUAGUCUAACCAAUCGAUACACCAUUUCUACUUAAAACUAUGCUUCUAGUAAGUCUGUAAUCAAAUAUUGCUAACCUACAGAUGUAUUUUGCUCCCAUUGGGGAUUUUUCAUAACCACAAAGUACAAAAGUAGACUACUGAGCAUUAUAUUGACUUACGUUUACAGAUAAAUAUCUCGCAUGUGACAAGCGGUGAAAAGUGGAACAAUCAAGAUCUUUUUGUCCGAGACUUCGUCAGAGAUGAGAAAAUCAGGUCCGAGGAGACUCCCAUAAUAAGUGAAGUGGUCAAUUCACUCAGCUACUUAGGUUCCUAUGGUCAUAGCAUAAGCUGACACAGAUUAAUCCUGAAAGAACAUUUUACAUUCAGAUGGAUUACCCUUUCCAAACAUUUUGAAAAUGUUGGUAAAGUCAUUGAAAUAGCUUCAUUUCUUCGUUAUAUUCACCAAACAUGACUAUCAUCUGUGUUUUAGAGCACGAGAUUGAUCUCUAAAAAGUCAAACGAAGAAAGGGCCAUCUCUACGAUCAUAUUCUUUAAAGAACUUAACAAAAGCAUGGAAAGUAGCAGUUUUGAUAAACAUCACUUAAUGUGGUCAGUGCAGAUAGCAAUUUACUGUAAUAUUCAAUCCGAUAAAUACGAGAGUAAAGAGAAAUUCAAAUUUCAAAUACUCGAUGACAUGCUUGAUUCCUUUCCACAUACUUUGUCUUGAGAAGUCGAAUAAUGGGCACAGGUAAACCUUUCAUAAUGUUAGUGAGACUAUACUACUUGAUAAUUUUUGUAUAGAAGAGGAAGUCUUGUACUUGUGGAGUUUCAUUCUCUGUGCUAGUUGGUUUAGUUUUGGAGCUUACAUUAUUCUUCUGAACAUCAUCAGCACAAACUUCUACGAUACAACUCAGAGGACGAAACUCCAUCAAAAUCAUCGACCUGAGCUACAAUCUCUUCCACCAUCUCGAGGUCUUGUACUUAUUUUCUAGAUAAUAGGAGAGUUGUAACGUGUACGUUUAUAUAUAUAACUGCCAAAUAAACGCUUUCUACCAUGAAAAAUAUUUGUUUGAUUUCCAUUAGGUAUUGCUGAUGAUGCUAAGCAAUUCAGUACAGAACUAGUUGAAUCUGCCCAAGAUUUAAAUGCACUUUAUUGCUCACAAUAUUUGAGACUUGGUGACACUUCUCAGGCUGCAAAUCUAGGCUCAACACUGCGACCAACUCCAAAUGAAAUGUCCAUCGCCCAUAGACUUACUGAAAAGCUGAUUAAGCUGACGAAACGUGCUCGUCCAGGGGAUCUCAUCCAUCCAUAUACGGUAAGAAAAGCGAUGGGUUUGAAUCCAGAUGAGUAUUUUUUACCGGAACAUUUAAUUUCAAGUGAUAAUUUUGUGAAUAGCGCACAAAUGUAAAUAUAUGUAAACAUAAAUGUAGAGAUAUUUAUCUUGUAAUUUAAGUUGUCAGUUUGUUUGAUUGUUAUGAUUUCAUCAAUUUAUUGUGUAUUAAGUUAAAACAAAAUUUUUUCUAUUUAUUCGAGUUCACAAAAAUAAGUCUUUAUCUCUUUUAAGCAGUCAUAUAAUAUGAAUGAAUGUUGUGCUAAGGUGUUGUUCUCAGUCUGUCUUGUAAGCAAUAUUUACACUUUUCUUCAAAAUUUUGCUUAUUUUUAAAAUAGAAAUUGUAUAUCUCAUAAAUAUACUCUGAAUCACUGUAUAUAAAUCAUUCCUACAACUUCGUUUCUUUUUCAAUUUCUAAUAAAUUACAGUUAUAAUAUAAAAUUUUCUUGU